UCUUUGGCUUAUUUUUUGGCGUAUUUUAGUUAAAUGUCUUUCUUCCCUUAGAGAAUGCUAGAUCAGGCUGAAGUUGUGGAGAAAUCUUCAACAUUAACACUACACAAAUCUGUCACUGGGGAUCCAAUAUCCUUUACUUAUCCAGGUCAGGUUGUUCUACAAUGGUUGUGCUAUGAAGGGUACAUUGCUUGUCAAUAAAAAGGUCAGUCAUCAUCCAAUGAUUGUUGCAUGCCACCGUGAAGGUAGAGGACAGAAAUUUUGGGGAGACAGUAAUCUAAAAAGCAAAUUUUGGGUUCGUUCAAACCAGCUUGAUCCUGUUGGUUUUCUAACUCUCGAGUUUGAUGAUGGUGAAGUUUUUCAAUGGAGUAAGGUCACAACUUUUGUGUUCUACCAAUCACCAAUCACCAAAACUUGGACUGUUCCCUUUCAGGAGAUAAUUGAUAUGGAUGAUGGAAUAUAUGAAGCUGUUGCAGGAAGUGACCUUAUCAUUACUAGAGUUGCAUUUCGAGACAACUCUUCAAAGCACUAUAUAAAUGAUCGUGGAAGUAAUUUUACAAAGGUCACUAAGAAAUUGAAAGGAAAAGGAGUAGACUUGGACAAUUGUAAUUUCAGCAUUAUUAUAAUUGAAUGA